AUGACCGAAUCAGCAACCAAGAAACAAAAAGUUAUCGAUCAACCACCACGUCCUCAAAACAUUGGUAUUAAGGGUAUUGAAAUAUAUAUUCCAUCACAGUGCGUCAAUCAAGCUGAAUUAGAAAAAUACGAUGGGGUUUCCAGUGGUAAGUACACUAUUGGUUUAGGUCAAACCAAUAUGGCAUUUGUUAAUGAUAGAGAAGAUAUUUAUUCCAUGGCCUUGACUGCUUGUUCUAAAUUAUUAAAAAAUUACAACAUCGAUCCCAAUAAAAUUGGUAGAAUUGAGGUUGGUACAGAAACUUUGAUUGAUAAAUCUAAAUCCAUUAAAUCUGUUUUGACUCAAUUGUUCCCAGAUAACCACGAUACUGAAGGUAUUGAUACCAUUAACGCUUGUUAUGGUGGUACAAGCGCUUUAUUCAAUUCUUUAAACUGGAUUGAAUCUUCCGCUUGGGAUGGUCGUGAUGCUAUUGUUGUUUGUGGUGAUAUCGCUAUUUAUGAUAAAGGUGCCGCCAGACCAACUGGUGGUGCUGGUACCGUUGCUUUGUGGAUUGGUCCGGAUGCUCCAAUUGUUUUUGACAGUGUUAGAGGUUCCUAUAUGGAACAUGCUUAUGACUUCUACAAGCCUGAUUUCACCUCUGAAUACCCAUAUGUCGAUGGCCAUUUCUCUUUAACUUGUUAUGUUAAAGCUUUAGAUCAGUCUUACAAAGCCUAUUCUAGAAAAGCUAUUGCUAAAGGGUUGGUUGAAGAAGGAUCUGCUGCUGGUGCAGAAGCUUUAAACACACCAAAAUACUUUGACUACAAUUGUUUUCAUGUUCCAACUUGUAAAUUAGUUGUUAAGUCCUACGGUAGAUUGUUGUACAACGAUUUCAGAGCCAAGCAAUCAUUGUAUCCAGAUGUUGACGCCAGUUUUGCCACAGAAGAUUAUGAUAAGUCGCUGACUGAUAAAGUCUUGGAAAAGACUUUUGUAAAUGUUGCCAAAAACUUACACAAAGAAAGAGUAGCACCAUCGUUAAUUGUUCCAACCAAUACAGGUAAUAUGUAUACUGCAUCGGUAUUUUCGUCAUUGACUUCAUUACUUUCCUAUGUCGGUAACGAUAAGUUACAAAACAAACGUAUUGGUUUAUUCUCAUACGGUUCUGGUUUGGCUGCUAGUUUAUAUUCUUGUAAAGUUGUUGGUAACAUCCAAAAGAUCAUUGAUGUAUUAGAUGUUGAUAAUAAAUUGAAAGACAGAAAGGUUUGUAGUCCAGAAGAAUACGAGGCUGCUUUAUCCUUAAGAGAAGCUGCUCAUUUGAAAAAGAAUUUCAAACCAACUGGGUCUAUUGAGAACAUCAAACAAGGUGUUUAUUACUUAACCGAAAUUGAUGAUAAGUUCAAAAGAUCCUAUGCUAUUAAAAAAUAA